AUGCCACUCUGCAAUGAUGCACUUUUCGCCGAUAUAAUGGAGGUAGUGACAUUCCACGUGGAUGAUAAUAACAUCAGGAACAACAACAUUGAUGUUUCCGAGCCAAACGAGAAAUUAAUUUACGAGCAAUGUUUUAAUAAUGGCAACAUGGUCCCCGAAGAAAGCAACAAUUCGUGUAAGAGAAAAUUAGAUGUUGAAUCAGAGGUAGACAAUUUUAUUGAACAAUCCUAUGACGAUGAGCCGAUGGAGGCAGCUUGCAAAAAGAAAAAACUCCAUCAACGAUGCCUAAAUGUUUCAAGAAUUUACGAGCUCGGAGAUGACAUGAUUUACCAAAUAUUGAGCUUUCUUGACUAUCUAACUAUUCUAAAAAAUUGCAUGAGAGUUUCCAAACAAUGGUUCUCUAAUGGCUUAAGAGUUCCAAUAUCGAUCAAAUUCAUGAACAAGCUUUGCAACAAGUCGAUUCAUUCAGUGUUGCAGCAACUCACGUCAAAUCAAAAUAAGAUUAACAUAACCGGACUUGAUUUACUUCCAGCAGUUAAAAUCAAACCAAAAACAUUGGAACUCAUAGCGAAUAGCGAUGCCAUGAACAAUUUACGACGUCUAAAUUUCAACCUAAAUCCAGGCUGCUCUCCACACGAAAGCAUUGUAUCUCUUGCUACAAGCAAGUAUAUGAGCAAUCUUACUGAAUUGCAGGUGGAAAACAUCACCGCUUUCGGCAUACAAAUUCUUGCAUCAAGCGCAAACAUGAACCAGCUUAAGAAAUUGGCAUUCAUUGGUUGUGGAGUUGAUAGGAGAGCCAUUAAAACCAUUCGUGACAACAAAUGGAUCAAUAACAACUUGACAUCUCUCACAUUUUCAGAAACUGAAGUCGAAAGCGAGGAUAUUGAGCUACUGUUGUCGAGUGAGUUAGCAAAAAAUCUGAAACAAUUGGUGAUAGAAUGUCUAACUAUCUCUGAAAAUGGGAUAAAAGCUAUUGCUGAGAGCUCUUCUUGUAAUCUAACAGAUUUGGGCCUUUCGUGCAGUGAUAUCGGACAGAAGGAAAUCAGAUUAAUUGCCACAAGCCCUAACUUGAGAAACCUUACUAGAUUAGACCUAACUUGUUGUAAUGAGCCAGAGAGUGGUGUAAAAUAUCUGGCCGAGAGUCCGUACCUCAAGAAUUUGAGAACUUUAAUGAUAAACGACACAAGUAUUAAGGUUGACGGGAUUAUUUCCAUUACAACAAGUCAGAAUUUUUCCAACUUAACCGAGCUACACAUGGACAUGUGCGAUUUGUUGAAAAAAGGAGUUCAAUUUAUUGCUAACAGCUCGAUCAUGAGAAAUUUGAAAAUUUUACGGUUGAACAAUAAUCUAGUGUCUGAUGGCCUUAUUUCCAUAUCCCAUAGUGAAUAUAUGAGCAACUUACGAGAGUUAGAGUUGUCUGCGAAUGACAUUGAAACGCCAGCCAUUAUUACUCUAUGUACAAGCAAAUUCUUGAAAAAUUUAACACGCUUAGAUCUCAGUUACAACAACAUUGGAAGCGAGGGAGGAAUUGCUAUCGCAAAUAGUGAAAAUAUGAAGAGUUUGAGAUUUCUCAAUCUAGAACACUGCGAAAUUGGUUCAUUUGCAACCAUUGCAUUGGCCAACUGUGCCUACAUGGCACGUCUUACCCACCUUAACUUGGCUCAUAAUGAAAUUGAAAAUGAAGCAGCUAUUGCUGUGAGUAACAGUCCAUAUCUUCAAGAUUUGACAUUUUUGAAUGUAGAAAGAAACCGAAUUGGUUUUAAAGGUGCAAUUGCUAUUGUAGAAAACCUUCGAAAUUUAACAGAUUUAUGCCUGUGGGACAAUAAGAUGAUACCAACAGAUGAUGAUGUCAGAGAGUAUUUAUACUCAAAAUUACCUCAAGCACUCAAAAAAUGGAAAAAAGCAGAGGACAAACAAUGA